GAGGAAGAAGAACUUAUCGACUAGUGAUGAUGGACCGACCUGGGGAUCUGUAUUACUGAGUCUUUUGAAGAUCAUUGAUGUAUUUUGAAUCCACUCAAGUGGAAUACCUCUUGGAUAGAUAACUGAAAAAUUGAAGGCUCGAUUGGUUGCUAUUUAGGUAGCGAGCACAUACUUCUCGUUGAAAGUCUCUGGAGAAUCAGUCUGCCACGUGAAUCGAUGUGUCCUCUGAAUAUCUGGUAAAUUAUCAAGGAAGGGCUUAAUUAACAUUGAAAAGAAUGUUUUAUCAGCAUCAGUACUGGUUGCUCGUGCUGACGGGUGUCCUGAGUUUAUUCUGCCUCUGGAGGACAUCUCUGUGGAGUGUUCCGAGUGUCCAAACAAGCACAUCAAUUCAAUUGGACCUGUCCCUGCCAUCUCCCAGCAUUCCCCGGAUCACUCAACGGGUAUUCAACAUCUCCGGGAAGAAGCCCAUAAAUUUCCCAAAGAAAAGACACAGCAGUGCGACAUCCAGGUACAUGCUGGAGCUAUAUCAUCGGCGACCAUCAGCGGACAUCGUUCGGGCACUAUCUCCCCGUCACAUUUCCGGUCCAAUAGACCACAUCGGUGGUGGUCGAGUCCUGGAGUUUCAGUUGCCACCGAAAAAUCCAUCGGAGUACCUCGAAACCGCUGAACUCCUGGGUACCGCAGGUAUGAUCCUCCGGGUAGAAUCCCUGGACUACCUAAUCCAACCAGAGGACAAGAGGCCAUCCAGGCGAGAUGAAACGUGGCGCGCAUUCGACGUGACAUCAGCCGUCAGAAAUCGAAAGGGGGAUUCCCUGAAAUUCCUAGUCAGAGGGCGUGUGAGAUCUGGCGGAGAGGGCGCUAUUCUCCUCCUGAGUUAUACAAAACCGAAAAAACGCACUCCCCGAUCCGCAGAGGAUGACGGCAGUGAUGAUAAUUCAGCAGCUGCAGCAGACGCACGUCGACGGAAGAAGAAUCCGUGCAGAAAGCGACCACUUUACGUUGACUUCUCAGCGAUAAAUUAUGACGAGUGGAUUGUCGCACCACCGGGUUAUGAUGCCUAUCAGUGCAUGGGCAGGUGUUUCUUUCCUUUUCCUGAUCAUUUGAGUCCGACUAAACACGCCAUUGUCCAGUCGCUGCUGCAUGGUGCACUACAGGGCUCGGAUCCUGGCAAAAAUACUAUUGGGAGAGUCUGCUGUGUGCCAACACGACUUGCACCCACAAGUCUUCUUUAUUUAGAUGCCAGUGGCACCCUUACUUAUCAGUACGGAUACGAGGAUAUGGUCGUCGUCGAAUGCGGCUGCCGAUAACACAUAAUUUAUUUGUCAUUCUAUUGUUUCAUUUAUUCAUUUCAUAUCAUUUUGUUAUUAAUAAAAUAUGGCAUUUAUCGAACAGAAUGAAAAACAUGGAUCACUCACUCAUUCACUCGGAAUAUCACUCACAUCUUCAGUUGUUGCAUACACUGUUAAAUAAUUAUUGAAAAUUCAAACUGAAAUUGAAAUUGUGUGUAUUUUACCUGAAAUUUCAAGCGUAAUUUUUUAACAGUGCACGCAUUAUUGUAAAACAGCUAAACAAGUGCGUUAAAAAUAUUUUCACAGACUUAAAGCUAGAUUUAAUGAUUAACUGAAGAUGAGUAAAUGGAGUCAUCACUGGGGUGAGCAUGAGAAAA